GGUGUUGUGUGAUCGCCGCUGCCUCAGCUGGAGCGGGAGGACGAGGCCGUACUCUCGGGCAGCGGAGGGGAGGGAGUCGGCUGCGGGUGACAAUCUCACUCACCAUGUCCUGCAGCCUGCUGCAUUUCUGCUCCUUCCAGGACCUGGGGACCGUCCGUGAUUUCCUCUUUCCUCCGGUGAAAGAGGAAUCGAGCAGCGGCGAUAAAGAACAUAACUGGGAAGAUGAAGACUGGGGAGCAUGGGAGGAUGGUGAAUUGAAAGAACCUAGGGAAGAUAAUUCUACAAGCAAGGCACCCACAUUGUCAUGGCUUCAAGACUGUGUGAUCUCACUGUCACCAACAAAUGAUCUUAUGGUGAUAGCAAGGAAUCAGAAAGCUGUAUUUUUAGUCCCAAAAUGGAAGCCUAAUGAAAAGGCUAAAGAUGAAAUGCAGUAUUGUGUUACAUGGAGUGGUAUUUUGAGCACUGAAGAAGGGGAAUGCAUCAGUAGUGCAAUUUGUAUUCCACUUGCAAGUCAGAAAAGAAGCUCCACAGGUCGACCAGACUGGACAUGUAUAAUUGUUGGUUUUAACUCUGGAUAUGUUCGAUUUUACACUGAGAAUGGAGUUCUUCUUUUAGCACAACUUUUAAAUGAAGAUCCAGUUUUGCAACUGAAAUGUCGAACUUAUGAAAUUCCCAGACAUCCUGGUGUUACAGAACAGCAUGAAGAAUUGAGUAUUCUAUAUCCAGUUGCUCUUGUAACAAUAGAUGGAUUCAGCCUCUUUCAGUCUCUUCGGGCCUGUAGAAACCAGGUAGCAAGAGCUGCAGCUUCAGGUGCUGAAAGUGUACAACCUCCACCACUAACUUACAAGAAAUGGGGCCUGCAGGAUGUUGAUAUGAUAGUGGAUCAUGCAAGCAUUGGUAUUAUGACCCUUUGUCCAUUUGAUCAGUUGAAGACUGCCUCUAUUUUAGGUGGAUUUAAUGCCACUGUAAAAAGCAGUCCACCAGCAAUGUCAGAAUAUGUAACUGUUGGAUCUGGUCCAUUUGCUGGUUUCUUCUAUGCUUUGGAAGGUAGCACCCAGCCAUUGCUAUCACAUGUUGCUUUAGCAGUUGCCAGCAAGCUUACAUCUGCUUUAUUUAAUGCAGCUAGUGGAUGGCUUGGUUGGAAGAGCAAACAUGAUGAAGAGCUGGUGCAGAAACAGAAACCAAAAGUUGAGCCAGCAACUCCUCUUGCUGUAAGGUUUGGCAUUCCAGACUCCCGUCGGCGUGGAGAAAAUAUUUGUUUAUCACCCUGCAAUACUCUGGCAGCUGUGACAGAUGAUUUUGGCCGAGUCACUUUGUUAGAUGUGGCAAGAGGUGUGGCAAUACGCAUGUGGAAAGGAUACCGCGAUGCGCAGGUUGGCUGGAUCCAGGUAUUAGAAGAUCUUCAAGAAAGAGAAACAGAGAAGAGCAAUUUCUCUCCUUUCAGUAGUCCCACAGGCCUAAGACGAGUGGCUCAGUUCCUGGUGAUCUAUGCCCCAAGGAGAGGAAUCCUGGAAGUGUGGAGCACACAGCAAGGUCCAAGGGUUGGGGCAUUUAAUGUCGGGAAAUACUGCAGGUUACUGUAUCCUGGAUACAAGAUUAUGGGAUUGAACAAUGUGACCAGCCAGGGUUGGCAGCCACAAACCUUUCAGAUUUGUCUAAUUGAUCCAGUAGAUGGUAACGUGAAAACCGUCAGUGUUCCUUUCCAUCUUGCUCUUAGUGAUAAGAAGAGUGAAAGAGCGAAGGAUAUGCAUCUAUUGAAGCGACUAACUACUUUGUUGAAGGCCAAAGUCUCAAGUUCUGAAAAUCUGGAAACUGAAAUAAAGAUGCAUCUUCUUGAUAUUAAGUAUCCUGCUAUGAAAAAGCAGGCCUUAGAAAAAUUGUUGGCGAGUAAAAAUAUCCCAUUAUCCAGCUUAACAAAUUUAAUUCAGGCUUUGUUGGACAGCUUAAUGAGUCAAGAUCCUGAAAGUGUGGAUGAAGGAUUGUUGCAAUUUAGUCUCUGCCAGCUGAAACUGCUUCACCUUUAUACUUGUGUGGACCAGCUCAACGCUAAAGACCUUGAACAUGGUGAAGCCAAAACGAGCAAUGACUUGGCUACUUUGCUGCGAUUGGAAGAAAGGGAAAUUGUAAAAAUUCAAACGCUGCUGGAUAAUUAUAAACAAGGAAACACCAGAUGUGCAGUCCACUUUGAGGAGGACAAAAACUAUAAACUACCAAUCCAAAUGUUUCUGGAAUAUCUUGAGUUUGAAAAAGAAGUAAUCAAUGUGAAGAAACUAAGUGAAGAUGAGUGUGUGGCUUUAGGAGGUUUCUUUUUUUGGAAGUCUCUCUGUGGGGGAAGCUCUGCAGAGGAAAUGUGCCGUUUGCUGGAGUCUGCAGGAGCGAGGCCUCAACAGUUCUUGACAUUACUUCUCAGUAUGUGGCUCUAUAAAGAGAGAGAAAUUCUCAAGAGUGAGGAAUCCAUUCACAACCUCCACAUGACGCUGUCUGUCUUAAACCAGAUGAAAGGUGCAAUAGAUAACUCGUGGGACCUUCAGUCAGUGAGUCCGUGGUGGCAACAAAUGCGUUCUGUGUGCGCACAGUCUGAGAAUAUUGGAGCUGCGUUGUUAGCUGCACUUGUUGGAAGAAGUGUGGCCAUCAAUGCAACAAACAGCCUGGUUGAAAAAGAUCUGGAAGUUAUGUCUUCAGAUGGAAUGACCGAUUCUUGGGAAGCAUUGUCUCUCGAUAUGGAACACUGGAAUCUAUUACUGAGACAGCUUGAGGAUUGCCUUAUACUACAAACGUUGCUACACAGCAGAGGGAAAAAAACAUCCAGUACAACCUGCCAACGUUCUGAACCACUUACCAGCAUUUCUGUAAAAAAGCUUUUGGAAGGUGGUCGAGGAGUUGUUGCUGAUGGAGUGGCAAAAUGGGUUUUCAACCUAAAUCUUGUUCCGAGCAUCUUGAAACAGGCCCAUCAACCCAAGAGAUUAGAGAAUGCAGAGGAACGAGUGGAAGAAGAGAACAGAGUCCCUGUGAGUGAGAAGUACAAAGAGCUUGACCUAGAAAGGAUACUUGAGUUGCUCCGGUUGGCUUAUGAGCGAUUCCCCUGCAGUCUAGAAUCUGAUGCUCUUCAUGCUCAUUGUUGUUGGGAAUAUGUAGUGCAAUGGAACAAAAAUCCAGAGGAAGAUCGUUUUUUGAGCAUAUCUGUGGACCAUCUGAAAUGCAUUGGCAAUGCUCAUGUUCAGCGUGGAGUUGCUGUAAUGAUGUGGAACACCUUUAUUGUAAAGAGACUGUCAGCCACUGCUUAUCUAAUGGAUAAGGUUGGCAAGGCGCCAAAAGACAGACUGUGCAGAAGAGAUGUUGGCAUGAGUGAUACCUCCAUCACUUCUUUCCUUGGUUCUUGUUCAUUGCUCCUUCAAACCUUAAUGGAGGCUGAAGUUAGCAGUGAUGAAAUGAAGGAACCAUCUCUCGACAUAGAAGAUACUUGGUCAUCUGUGGAAGGCCCAACAUCAAUAGUGGAUCUGGCUCUAGAACAAAGACAUGUUCAUUACCCAUUGGUUCAGCACCACUAUAUUUUGGCUGUUAUUAUGCAUGGAAUAAUGCUGUUUGGAAUGAAGUCUGUCAAAAUAUUUAGUCUCUUUGACAGUAAGGGUAAAAAUGCAUUUUUCAAGGAGCUAACAUCAAUUCAGCUGCUGCCAAGUGGAGAUAUGGAUCCUAAUAUAGUGUCUCUCAGACAGCAGUUCCUCAUGAAAUUAGUCAGUGCUUCAGUGAAAGAACUAGUCAAACCUGCAAAGACUGAAUGUACUUCUAAACAGCAAUCACAUAGAGAACAAAACGAAGACUGGCCGUCAGUGGCAGUGGAGCUGUCUCAGAACCUCCAAGUAAAUGAGGAUGUUAUCCGCCGACAUUAUGUAUGUGAGCUGUAUAAUCAUGGAAUUGACCAUAUUGGUGAAGAGGCCCUUCUGCAGGUACAUGAUCAAGAGGUUCUGGCAUCACAACUGCUUGUACUGACAGGACAGAGACUUGCAUAUGCUUUACUUCAUACUCAGACUAAGGAAGGCAUGGAGCUGCUGGCCAGACUCCCACCAGUGUUGUGUACAUGGCUUAAGGCUAUGGAUCCUCAUGAUCUUCAGAACACAGAUGUGCCAAUUAUAGCAACAGCUAAACUGGUGAACAAACUGAUAGAACUCUUACCUGAAAACCAUGGGCAGUACAGCCUGGUGCUGCACCUGUUAGAAGCAGUUGAAGCCAUAUCCUCCUUGUGACAAGAAUUGACCAAUCUUUAUUUAAAUAGGUCUUCAGAUAUGACCAGCUGUGAAAAGCUUGGAUCGUUUUGAUGUAAAUGAGCCAUUUAUGUUUCAAUUAAUCAUGUUCUUGAAUACUUAUUGUUAUAGGUGGGUACUGAAAGUUCUGUUAGACUCUUCAAUUUCUGUUCUAUUAUGUGAGAUAUCCUAAUGCCCAAAUAGUUUGCAUGGCCAUAGUUACAUACAGCUGAAGCAAAGCUCACUCGUAUCAUUUUAUUGCUAGAAGAUGGCAUCAGUCUCAAAAUAAACCAUAUUAUGUUGCUGUAGCUAUGCACAUUAAAUGUUAGCUCAAGCAAGUCUGUUCUCAAGGUAUUAUGUAGUGAACGAGGUUGCAUUGUAUGGUCCAUACAUCUAUAAUUUCUAAUCCCAUUGUUGGAAUGUCUGAAAAAAUGGGAGGAAUUUUGCAACUUGUUUUCCCAGCAGUAAACAACCCAAACAUUCUACUAAGAAUAUUGAUAAUGUCUAUUUAAAAAAAGCCUUAUAUCGCAACCCUAUUACACACAAAGGAAAAUUUGAGUUUAUUUUGUUAAUAUAAAGACAAAAGUUUUUAUUUCCUCAAUUUUUUUUGGAUUUGUAUAAGUAACAAAAUGAACAGUGAUCAGACAGCACUAAUGUGUGUACAGAUACAUUUCCACACUUAUCAGUGGACAAAAACCAAUUGUAAUAUUGUAAAUUAUUGAUCAUAACUAAAUAAAAACUUCAAUCCCUGC